AUGCACAAUGGCGUCAAAUUGCCGGCUCUUGGCUAUGGAACUUGGCUUGUGAGUUUUUUUUAUUUUUACUGUUCGAAGGUUAUGAAUUUUAGGUAUAACUUUGAUCAAUAUGAAGUUGAAAUGGAUAUUACUUUAUAUAAAGCUGUCAUCUUUGAAGUUUUAGCCAUUUUUAAAAUGUUAUUCUUUAAAAUUUUAGUCCACCGAUCACGAACAGCUGAAGAAGUGCCUUCGUCACGCUUUGGAUGUUGGCUAUCGCUACAUUGAUACAGCUUAUGCUUAUGGCAAUGAAUCAGUGAUUGGAGACGUGAUCAAGGAGUAUAUUGAUACUGGCAAACUGAAGAGAGAGGACUUGUUCGUGACUACCAAGCUUCCUCAAUUUGCUACGAAUCCAGAGAGAUCUGAAGUUGUUAUCAAGGCUUCGUUGGAGGCUUUGAAGUUGGAUUAUGUUGAUCUUUACCUAAUUCAUACACCAUUGUCUUUCAAGGUAAAGUUUUGUGGUUUUAUGGGUAGUUUUUGGAGGUUUUUAGGAUGUUGUAUCGGCAUUAUAUUAAGCUUAACACACUUUAUUUUAGGCCAACAAAGAGGUGAACGGCUACGAAAAGGAUGCGGAUGGCAAAUUCAUUCCAGAUCUUAUUGACUUUAACCAAACCUGGAAGAUCCUCGAGAAAUACUACAAACAAGGCACCUUCAAAGCCAUCGGAAUCUCCAACUUCAACAUCCAACAGAUCCAGGAUAUAUACGAUCACUCUGAAAUCAAACCAAUGAAUCUUCAGGUCGAACUUCAUCUUCUCUUCCCCCAGAUCGAGUUGGUCGAUUACUGUAAAAAGAUGAACAUUACCGUAACCUCCUAUGCUUCACUUGGCAGUCCAGGGCGCAAUGCUGGGUUGAGCAAGUUCAAGGUGGAGGGUGAUUGUCUGAACCAUCCACUAACUCAAGAGCUGGCCAAGAAGUACAACAAGACGCCUGCUCAAGUCCUGCUACGUUACGUGAUUCAGCGUGGAGCGUCGGUGAUUCCAAAGAGUUUGAAUGAGAAGAGAAUCGAGGAGAACUUUAAUGUUUUUGACUUUGAAAUUUCGGAUGAAGAUCAAGCAAAGUUGAAGGGAUUGGGCGAGAACAAAAGACUGUUGGUUUUCGAUUUGUAAGUUGAUUUAUAUUGAUUUUGAGGGUAUAUACUUGACGUUUUGAUACGUUUUUGAAGAGUAAUGGGUAUUUAAAAUAGUUUUAAUUAAAUUUUUGAAUUAUAAGCCUAAGAAGUGUUUGUAAGCCUGAAAUUCAACUUGUACUUAAAACACAUUUUUUAUUUAAAAACAACUUCAAUUUUUGAAAAAAAUGGCAAGACUCCCUGAAGUGUCUAAAACAAUAUAAUAGGCUUACAAUUGCCCCUCAAGCUGGAACUUGUUUCUUUAAUCUUGAUAAUUUAUUACACAAGGCCAGACGACCACACAUACGGCAAAUACGAUUCGAAGAAUGAACUGAUUUUUCUAAAAGUGCAUUUUUAUGUAAAUAACAAAGGGAAAUGGAACAGACAUUUUGUGAAGCUAAAAAUAACAAAAGUUAAAAGUUCAUGGCUUAAAUUAGGGCUUUAGGGUUGAAUUUCAAUUUUUGAAGUUUAUAAGUUUGGUAGGGUACGGUAAUGUUGAGUAGGGUACGGUAGUGUAGAGUAGAGUAGGGUAAGGUUGAGUAAGGCAGUAGUAGCCAGGAUAGGGUAAAGUAUGGUAGAGUAGAGUACAGUCAGAUAGGGUAGGGUACGAUAUUCCAAGGUAGGGUUGAGCAAGUUAGUAGUAGUCAGUUUAGGGUAAAGUACGGUAACUUAAGGUAAGGUGUAUUACUGUAGGCUAGAGUAAAGUAAGAUAUGAGAGAGCAGGGCAGGGUAAAGUAGAGUAAAACAGGGCGAAGACAUGGCUUUAAUAACGAAAAAUAUGACGUUUUUAGGCUUCAAAUCCUCAUUUUUGAGGUUUAAAAACGAAAAAAUACUAAUAAAAUAUGAUUUUAAACCUAAAUCAAACACAAAAGCAAAAAAUUCAAAUUUUUAAAAAAUUUUCAUGUUUCAGCGGAUUUGACCAUCCAAACUACCCAUGGAAAGACGAGUUGAAAAACUACAAAAAGUAG